CGUCGAGCAGUGAACGCGACCAGGCUGCGCGCUCCCUCGCCAAGGCGACUGCGGUAGCGCACAGAAAAAAAAAAAAACAAGCGAGUCGAAGCUGAGGAGACAAGACGGACCACAGUUUACCUCCACAUCACAAGAUCACGUUUUGGAGCAGGAAAUCUCACGCCCUGCCGGGUCGUGUUAACGUCGGAGACGGCUGACGAGAUCCACCGAGGAGAAUAAAAGGAUGCGGUGUAGACUUGACUGGUGACUGGUCUGCACGCUCGCCGCUUCUCUCAUUCCUGGAGAUAGUCAAGUUGGAGGGGGGGCAGAUUCCUGCGUUCCCCUCCUCUUAGUCUGCGUCUUUGUUUGGGACAAAAACCAACCACUUGCGCCUGGAGUACACGACCCACCCUGUUUCGUCGUUCCUGGCUCAGCACAGCUCAUCCUUUGACUGAGGAGAUCGCACGAUCUGCAGGAGAUUCACUUUUAACCUGCUGAUCCCUCCCGGCCCUGCCCAUAAUCCCCCGUCGCCAUGGUGCUGUCACAACGGCAACGAGACGAACUAAAUCGAGCAAUAGCCGAUUAUCUACGUUCCAAUGGAUACGAAGAGGCUUACUCCACUUUCAAGAAGGAAGCGGAAUUAGAUAAUAAUGAAGAACUGGAUAAGAAGUACGCUGGCCUUUUGGAAAAAAAAUGGACCUCAGUCAUCAGAUUACAAAAGAAGGUGAUGGAGCUCGAGUCGAAGCUGAACGAAGCUAAAGAGGAAAUCACCCUGGGUGGACCAGUAAGUCAGAAGCGUGACCCCAAAGAGUGGAUCCCGCGUCCGCCUGAAAGAUACGCGCUGAGCGGCCACCGCAACCCCGUCACCCGCGUCAUCUUCCACCCGGUCUUCAGCGUCAUGGUGUCGGCCUCUGAGGACGCAACAAUAAAGGUGUGGGACUACGAGACGGGAGACUUUGAACGCACACUGAAAGGCCACACAGAUUCUGUUCAGGACAUCUCAUUCGACCAGACUGGCAAGCUGCUGGCGUCCUGCUCUGCAGACAUGACUAUCAAACUGUGGGACUUCCAAGGCUUCGAGUGCAUCAGGACCAUGCACGGACAUGACCACAAUGUUUCAUCUGUAGCCAUCAUGCCCAACGGAGAUCACAUUGUUUCUGCCUCCAGGGACAAAACCAUCAAAAUGUGGGAGGUGGCAACUGGAUACUGUGUGAAGACCUUCACAGGCCACAGGGAGUGGGUUCGUAUGGUGCGGCCCAACCAGGACGGCACGCUGAUCGCCAGCUGCUCCAACGAUCAGACAGUCCGCGUUUGGGUCGUGGCCACCAAAGAGUGCAAGGCGGAGCUGCGGGAGCACGAACACGUGGUGGAGUGCAUCUCCUGGGCUCCAGAGAGCGCACACCCCACCAUCCUAGACGCCACAGGCUCUGAGAGUAAGAAGAGUGGAAAGCCCGGGCCUUUUCUGCUGUCUGGCUCCAGAGACAAAACUAUAAAGAUGUGGGACGUAAGCACUGGGAUGUGCCUUAUGACACUGGUUGGACAUGAUAACUGGGUGCGUGGCAUCCUCUUCCACCCUGGAGGAAAGUUUAUAGUGAGCUGUGCGGAUGACAAGACCUUAAGGAUCUGGGACUACAAGAACAAGCGCUGCAUGAAAACCCUGAGUGCCCACGAACACUUUGUUACCUCUCUGGAUUUCCACAGGGCUGCGCCCUUCGUGGUCACUGGCAGCGUAGAUCAAACAGUAAAAGUAUGGGAGUGUCGCUGAUUCGGACCUGGGAGGACUGGACCGCCAACCUCAUUACCCUUGAUGCUCCUCUGAACCCCCCGCCCCCCCAUUCCCCUUCGAUUCCCCGCCUCUUACCCCACCUCACCUCGUCCCCCCCACCCCCGCACAUCUUCGCCUCCUCCUGGCUGCACUCACCACCGCGGUUAUCCACCCUUAGCGCUCUCUGGUCCGAUAACUUCUUGUCCUUCUGUGUAAAUUAUUCCUGGAUGUAGAUCGAGCUAUUAAAUGUUACACACAAAAAAAGUAUUCUUGCAUGGUAAUCCAAAAUUGUAUACUGUAAAUUUGCAUACAUAACGUUGUCUAGAAGUACCAUAGGUUUAACACGACGGGGCUGAGCGUCUGUUCCUGCAGCCUUACCGACCAACUGAAGGCAGAUGGUGUAAAAAAUAAAAAUAAAA